UCAACACAUACGGAGGGCAGGCAGAACGGGGAGGAGCGAAACGAGAAAGCGGCAGCGGAGAAACCGGAGCGCCCCGCGGAGCUCGGGCCCUGCCGGAGAGCGGCGUGCCGCGCGCCUGCCCGGGGAUGUCGGCCGCCGAGGGCCUGGCCGUCGGCCUGUCCCUGUGGGUCGGCGGCGCGGGCCUCGCGGCCUGCAAGCUGGCGGCGUACGUGGCCACGGGCAGCCCGCUGGUGCGGGCGUCUAUGUUCGACUCGCUGGGCGAUGUGUUCAGCAGCGUCAUCAUGCAGAUCACGCAGCGGAAGAUCGCGGACACCCGCGACGCCCGCCGCUACCCGCUGGGGAAGCACCGGUUCGAGUCCCUGGGGGUGCUCUUCUUCUGCGCCUUCAUGACCGCCACGAUGACCAACAUGAUCAUUGACUCUCUUCAGACGCUGCUGUCCCCUCCGGAGGACGCCGGACCCGGGGCGGGGGAUGCUUUGCGGCGCCUGCUGGAGGAGAACCCCAGGCUCCGUUGGGGCUACCUGCCGUGGUCCAGGCCUAGCGUCGACGCCCUGGUGGCCCAGUACGGCGGCGGGGAGGAGGAGGAGUCGGAGCAGUCGCUCGCGACCGUGCUCAUGGUGGCCUGCGUGCUCGUGAAGCUGCUGUGCUUCGCCUACUGCAAGGCGGUUGCGCAGCGCACGCAGUCGGGUGUGGUGGCCGCCCUGGCGGAUGACCACCGCAACGACGCCGUGUCGAAUCCGGGGCCGAGAAAUCGAUUUGGCGAGGUGGUCCGUCUCCCCAGUCCCCUCCUCCUCCGCUCCCCUCCUCUCUGCUCCCCUCCCCCUCGUCCUCCCACUUCCGCUCUGGCUCGUCCGUGCAGUCACUGCCACGCCAGAGCAUUGCUACGUGGACUUCUCAGCCCUCACGUCUUUUCGCAGCCAUAACUAUGAUCGUGAUCCGCGUGCUCGAGGACAAGGGGGUAUCCGGAGAGUACCUAGCGAAGCUUGACCCGCUGGUGGCGCUUCUGCUCUCCACGUGGAUCGUUUACAACUGGGUCUCAACCGCCGUGGAGCAUCUCCAGAAGCUCUCCGACGAGGUAGUCGACGACGAGGAGUUGCAGCGCAUCCAGAGCGCCGCCGAGGACGCUCUCAGGGGCAGCUCGCUCCAGGUCGACGCGGCCCACGUCUACAGUGUGGGCGACGGGUGCCAGGUGUCGCUGGAGCUCGCCCCCGUUAAGGGCAACGCGGCCUCUGAGCAGGUGGCC